GGGUGUUCCUGUGAUGUACGGUGUGGGAUGGGGCCACACUCAGAUACAGACAUCCCUUGUCCGCACCUCUACGCAUGUUCUCGCCCACUUUGCAGUUACAACGCGAUAGUAAACGAGGAUGGGAGAUGGAUAACGAGAGAUAGGACAGAUAGCAAUAACAGGAAACUCGACAGCGCUUUCCGUGUUGAUGACCACCAGGGAGAGGAACCAACAGCGAGAGGGUCGGGGUGACAGUUUAGGUUAGAAGACUAUAAAGCUCAUUUAGCCACGCUUUGGAUUGUCGGACUUCUUGUCGGAUUGCUAUAGACCACAUGAAUUUGAGAAGUGGAGGGGCAAUGGAUUCCCCUUCUGAUCUGUUCUGUCAGCAGUCGUCCCCCGUGUGCCCUUUCGGCCUCUACCGCAGUCCGUCUGGCGGCGCUCCGUCAGCACCUCGCUACCCGGGAGGCAGCCCGCCGACCUACCCCCUCAUGUCCCCUCUGCUGCACCCCAGCAGCGCCUCCCAGAGCUGGGGUGGCUACCGGCAGCGGCCGGGCCUCUUCCAGGCGCCGUCCCUGGAGCAGGAGCUGGAGGAGGACGGCAUGGAGGACCCAGAGCAGGAGGACGACGAGCUGCUGGUCAGGGGGGGCCCGGCGGCGGCGGCGGCGGCGGCGGCCAUGGCUGGGGGGCCCACCCUGCUCUCGCACCUCUUCCCCGGGGGGGCCAGGAGAGGGGUGGCCCUGGAGCCGGAGGAGUGGAGCCAGGACGUCCUCCAGGUGAAGAGGCUGCGGAUGGAGAGCGGAGGCGGUGGUGGAGGGGGCGGUGGAGGAGGGGGCAAGAGGGACGGAGAGGCGCACGAGGGGGAGGACGAGAGGAGAGGGAGAGCGAGGGGCGCGCUGCUGCUGCAGCAGAGGCCGGACGAAGACGAGGGCCGGAGCGGCGGGCCGAUGCCGAGGAAAGGCAGCCGCGAGGGGAGGAAGAGGCAGCGGCAGGAGCUGAAGCUUCAGCUGCAGGAGACCCGGGAGAAGCUUCUGGAGCUCCAGAAGAGGGUGUGGAAAGCCUACGACAAGCAGCAGACGCAGGAGGACCAAAGGAGGGACAAGGGAAAGGGCGAAGGAGAGAAGGGCAGGAUGGAGGCGGAGGAGAUGGAGGAGAUGUUUUUCGAGGACGGAGAAGGGGACGAUCAUUUGUUUAACUCGGAGGACCUUCUUCCCCAGGGCCAUCUCUCCUCCAAGAAAAACGCCCGGCAAAACGUCAACGGGGCCGGAGAUCUCUCCCCGGACGAGACGGAGAUGGACUUGGACGUGGACCUGGAGCAGGGCCUGGACAGGGGGAGCGUGUGGGUCGGCUGCGGCCUGAUCCACGGCGAGUGGGAAGGUCCGAGCGGCGGGCAGAAGUUCGCCCAGGCCCUCAAGCAGGAGCUGGGCAGCGCCGUGGCGCGGGUCAUCGACCGGGUGAUCCGCCUGUACGCCGACGGCGAGAACUCCGCCCCGGCCGGCCUGGCCGCGCUGGUGGUCCACGACCAACGUCACGGCGGGCUCGGCGGCGGCGCCGGGCUCGGACGGAACGCGGACGGCGACGAGCGGCGGAGGCCGAGCGGCGCGGCCCAGGCCCAGUCUCUGGAGCAGGCCGAGGCCUCCUCGCUGGUCGCCGUCGUCGGCCGGCACCAGGAGAAGCGGACCAACGGCUACUCGGGCCUGCCGCCCGGCGGCCACCGCGGGCCGCACCACUCCGGCCCCAGCCUGCCCCACCUCUCUCAGGCCCCCGGCCUCCCGGCGCUGCUGCCCCCUCCGCCGCGCUCCAAAGACCACUUCCUGUCCGGCUUCCCCUCCGCGCCCCCGGCCGUGCCCUUGCCCCUGCUCCACUACACCAUGCAGCACCUGUUCGCCCGCUCCCUGUCCAACCUGCCGCUGCACAAGGACUCCCUCCCGCCCGAGCCCUUCCUGGACUUCCGCUCGCACGGCCCCUCGUUCCCCCCGCUGCCCCUGGGGCUGGGGCAGCUCGAGCCCCCCCUCUCCUCCGGCCGCGGGCGAGACGGCGGGAUAAGGGGAGGCGGAGGAGGAAUGGGAGGGAUGGACGGUGGUGACCUCUACCUCGGCGCUGCAUCCUCUCAAGAGGGUCUGUCCCCAUGCCACCUGAAGAAAGCGAAGCUGAUGUUCUUUUACGCACGUUACCCUAGCUCCAACACACUCAAAACCUACUUUCCAGAUGUCAAGGUAUUCAACCGUUGCGUCACUUCCCAGCUCAUCAAGUGGUUCAGUAACUUCCGAGAGUUCUUCUACAUCCAGAUGGAGCGCUUCGCCCGCCAGGCCGUCCGAGACGGUGUGGUAGCACCCAGGGAGGGGGGGCUGCGUUUAGGCCGCAACUCCGAGCUCUUCCGCAUCCUCAACAUGCACUACAACAAGAGCAAUGACUAUCAGGUCCCUGAGCGGUUUGUGGAGGUGUCCGAGCUGGCACUGAGGGAGUUCUUCAGCGCCAUCCAGGGUGGACGUGACACUGACCCCUGCUGGAAGAAAUCCAUCUAUAAGAUCAUCUGUAAACUGGACAGCCCCAUUCCUGACAGCUUCCGCCUGCCUGGCUGCCCAGUAGACACGCAUCGAUCGGUGUGAGGCGUGGGAAUGUACACAAACCACCCCCGGGCCGUGUUAAACCACGCACUUGUUUUCUAGGAACAAAAACACUAUCACUCAUUCUCUUGUAUCAUUACACCCACACCCACACACACACACACACACACACACACUCUGUACAGGCAUGCACAGACCCACACACGUAACCCUUUUGUCAAAUGACAUUUUGACUCAGUAUCUCUCCAAAACAAGCUUAUGACCAUCUUAAAUAUAAAUGAACAAACAAACAAAAAGGAGCUUAAUGCUGAAAUCAGUGAAGCUUUUUUUCUCCAUUUAGCCCUGCUAUAAGAACUACAAACGGGGCCCAAGUAUUGAAUGUUGAGCUAUGGUGUUGCUAUAAUGGUCUUUUAUUCAUAUGUUGAGUGUUGUGGUCCUCAGAAUUUGAGCUUGCACUUUCUAUACCUUCAGUGGACGGAGGGGAAAGAAGUUGUUGUAUGCUGUUUUGCAUCACGUCAGCAAAAGACGCCUGUCUGAUAGUUGCAUAUAUUAAGGGCAGUUUGUGAUUUGGCAGGCUUUGUAUGUUUCAAAAAAAGCACAUUUUGUCAUAUUUGUCAAAAAAUGUUUGGGUGUUUCUAUUCCAAGUUUUUGAGCCUUGAUUUAUUUCUGUGAACUUUGAUGUGAUAUGUCUGUGUAAUAAACAUACAUUUUAAAGUG